UAAUCCUCGCAGAGAAGAAAGCUCUGGUCCAUUCAACACCAAAAUUUGAAACGCAAAACAACUAUUUAUCUGGAUUCUUCCAAAUUAACUCCCUCUCUCUUUUUUAUUUACAUUAUUAUAUAUUAUAAUCUUCACACAAUUUUUUUUCGUUUUAUGGUUGUUGCUUACGAUCACCACCUCAUAUGCCUCAUUUUUCUAUCAACACAUUUCGGUGAUCCAAGCUCAUCAUCAAACGAAAAAAAAUAUUUAUUCUUCUUAUUUAUUCAUCAUUUUUCGUAAUUAAAUUCUAAUUUACCUCAACUAAUUCAUGUCCAUGGAGUCCGGUAACGAUUUAAACGCCGUCAUGCUGACUUCCGGCGCUAGCGGCCGAGUUAACGCGCUUCUGUCGGAGCGGGCGUGGAGGAGUUUGCUGACGUUGAUUAACGCCGUUUUGUUGAUAUUGCUGCUGCCGUUUACCGGACGGAGGGCGCCGGCGGUGACGCCGCCGGUGUCGCCGGAGAAGAGCGGGAAGGAGGAGAGGAAGGGAAGAGGAUUGCAGGCGGUUAGGGUUCCGACGACGAUUGUGCCGUGGAAGUGUGCCUCGGUGGAAGUGGCGGCGAGACGUGCGCUUGCGGUGCGGAGAGUGACGCAGGAGAGCAAUGCUGAUGGACAGACGGCGCGUGAGUAUGCCAUGUAUGUUACGUCCCGAGGUGAUACUUUGUUUACGCAAAUGUGGACGCCUAUUUCUGUUAAAGUCAGGGGAUUAGUGAUUAUUUUACAUGGUCUUAAUGAGCACAGCGGAAGAUAUAGUGAUUUUGCAAAGCAACUGAAUGUAAAUGGAUAUAAAGUUUAUGGGAUGGAUUGGAUUGGGCAUGGUGGCAGUGAUGGACUGCAUGCGUAUGUUCAUUCCUUGGAUUAUGCAGUUAUGGAUCUGAAAUCAUUUAUCAGUAAAGUAUUAGCUGAGAAUCCAGGGCUUCCUUGUUUUUGCUUUGGUCACUCAACUGGCGCGGCUAUCAUCCUCAAGACGGUACUUGAUCCUAAGAUUGAGACCCGUAUAGCUGGUGUUGUCGUGACAUCACCUGCUGUAGGUGUUCAACCUUCACAUCCCAUACUUAAGGUCGUGGCACCAAUCUGUUCUAUAUUGUUACCCACAUACCAAUUCAGUGCUGCAAAUAAGCAGGGUGCUGUUGUUUCUCGUGAUCCGGAGGCACUACGGAUCAAGUACUCUGAUCCAUUAGUCUACACAGGGUCAAUCAGAGUUAGAACUGGUUAUGAGAUCCUUCGGAUUGCAGAUUACUUGCAGCAGAAUCUUGAAAAGUUGACAGUACCAUUCUUAGUUCUUCAUGGCUCCGCAGAUUCGGUAACAGAACCAGAAGCUUCUAUGAAACUAUACACGGAGGCUUCCUCAGCUGACAAAAGUAUCAAACUGUUUCCUGGACUCUUACACGAUUUACUCUUUGAACCCGAACGAGAAGAAAUUAUGCAAGGCAUCUUUGAAUGGUUGAACAAUAGGGUGCAAGAUUAGACACGGCAUUGAACAUAUCUAGCUUGUUUAGCCAAAGACCGCUCGUAUUUACGUAAGCGGCGGGGAUUCAAGUCGUCCGAGGAGGCUUGACAACGAGGUGGGCAAAUGAAGGUUGCCUUGCCUAAUAAUUUAUAACUGUAUUUAUGUAUAGAGAUAUUCAAGAAUCUUAAUCGGGUUCCAAUUGAGUUGUAAACAUGAAUGAUUGAUAUACAGUGUAAUGAUUCCCUCUUGGACUUUUGGGAAGGUUUAGUGAUCUAGGCACUUUUAGUAAAGCAAUCUGUCAAGCUUGUUAAUUGGCAAAUGAUACCGAUCAUUGAGACCUGAGGCUCUUACGUCCUUCGCAACUGCUUGUUCUAUAUUUUCCAUAUCUUAUG